GGGACGCCGUCUCUCAGCUUCUCUUUACUCAAGCCGAGUCAGCACAGUGGCAGGAAAAUCCAUUUAUCAACAGGUAGUGGGGUUACCUGGAGACUUUGUUUGAUAGGAGCCUGAGCCAAACUGAGCCAAGCGCGCGUCCUCUUUUGCAUUUUUUUAUUUUCCUUUUUCUAUUCCGGGUGGAUUGUUUAGUUUGAUGUGGAGUGCAGCUCAGGAGCAGCACACAUCUGUCUCAUUUAUAGCAUCAGCCACACACGCAUGCCAGCCGUUACGACCUUCUCCAAAGCAGACUGAGUCCUCAGCUUCUCGGUCGCCAGCAGCCUCCAGUCAAAGUCACCAUGACUGACGCACAUGGGAACAGCACCACGUCCUCGGGCAGAGAGCACACCCAGCUUCUUCUCUCAGUCUACAUCAUCACGUUCAUCACGGGGAUGCCCGCCAACAUCAUCGCCUUGUACACAUUCAGCUUGAAGGUUCGCAACAAGCCUGCCCCCAUCGAUAUCCUCCUGCUGAACCUGACUGUGUCCGACCUCGUUUUCCUGCUCUUCCUGCCCUUCAGGAUGAUCGAGGCCACCUCCGGCAUGCGCUGGGUGCUGCCAUACUUCUUGUGUCCCUUGAGUGGCUUUGUGUUCUACUCAACCAUCUACAUCAGCACUUGCUUCCUGACGGCUGUGAGCGUGGAGCGCUACUUGGGAGUGGCCUUCCCCAUAAAAUACAAACUCAAGAGGAAGCCCAUAUAUGCCAUCGUGGCCAGCGUCGUCUUCUGGAUAGUGUCGUCAGCGAACUGCAGCAUUGUGUAUAUCAUGCAGUACCAUAACUCCAACUCCACCAUCGAUACAAGUGUUUGCUAUGAGAAUUUCAACAAAGAGCAGCUCAAAAUCCUCCUCCCUGUCCGACUGGAGUUGUUCCUCAUCCUCUUUUGCAUCCCCUUCCUCAUCACCAUGUACUCCUAUGUGAAUUUCAUCCGCAUUCUCAACAGCUUGCCAAACAUCAGCCGUCGGCGGAAGCAGAGAGCCAACGGGCUGGCGAUGGGCACCCUGCUGGUGUUCAUUCUCUGCUUUGGACCCUACAACAUCUCUCACGUGGUGGGCUUCGUGGAAGGACAGAGUCCUAAAUGGCGUGUGGAUGCUCUGCUGCUCAGCACCUUCAAUGCCUGCUUGGAUCCCAUCAUCUUCUAUUUCUCUUCCACGGCGGUACAGAAAGUCUUCGGCCAGUGUUUCAAAGGAAUCUUUGACAAAAUGUGUAAAGUCACCUCUUGUUCAAGGUUCAUGUCCCAUCCCAGCUCAAGCAUGGAGCGGACUGAAAGCACCUCCAACACUCUGUGAAUGGCAUCUUAGUGUUGGUCACAAGUCUGCCGCAUUCUGGACAUUUCAUUAGAAAGGCAAUGCAGGACAGGAAUUUCCACUGUAGACUUCAAAUUUUCUUCAUUAUUUUAAGGGAAGUGGCGCCUAUUCCACUGUGGCACGGGUCCACCACAGGGCACACCGAAUUGCACACUCACCCUCUUACAGCCACCAAUCAACUUGGCACAAAUCUACUUGACAGUAGGGAAGAAACUGAAACGCCUUGAGCUCUGGUGGAAAUUCAAUCGCAUUUUUGCCCUCAUAGGAAAGUAACACACACCAAUUUUUAAAAUGAAUCUGGAUUCAGUGUUUACAUUUCCACAAAUCGGAAUCCACACUGGAAACAGUUGAACAGUUGUCUAUGGAAAAUGGAACCCAUAAAUCUUACCGACUUGGGGAUUCAUCUUUGGAGUUCUGUUUCAAAGAACCUUAUUAAGUGGACUUGAAACUGAAAUCCGUGGUGCAGGAAAGACAGAAUAGAAGCCCGGUAGUUUACUGGAAUGAGUUCACAUUUGAGGGAAAUGUAGAAUUUGUUAUCCUCAGAAACUCCAGCCAGAAAUUUCUAAAGUCAAGGCCUAGAAGGAUUUCCAGGAAUUUGCCAUCAUGGAUUGUGUAAAAAUUAUCAGGUCAAGUACAAAAACAUCAUAACUGUCUUAUGUAUGUAAUCUCGAGUGAAAUAACUAUAACUGACUUGGCGAUGUGGCAGGUCCUACAACCAAGUGAGUUGUCAUGAAUAAAAACAAAAGUUUGUACUGCUAAGCUAGCAAUCGGAUGGAAUUCAUAACAAAGGAGAUACAUAGCUGAACCAAAGACAAAAUGUUCUGUCACUCUGAGCAACAGUAAAAGAUGCAGCCAACCUACAACGGUAUGGCAAGACACGGGGCAGAGGUCAGAAACACACAAAGAACGUUCGAUUAUGAAUGCUUAUGAACUUCUAGGAUCCCAUAACCUCUGCCUUUGUCCCAACUGAAAGCUGUCAGUCUGGGAAAUCUACACACUGAUAUUAUGAGAGAAAACUUUGCCAUUAAUGUCCCCCGAAUCCACGUGUGAAAGUGACUAGUGAGUGAACAUGUGCAAUAGUGCUUUGAGAUUUGAACAAAACUCUGCUUCUUCUAGUCAAACUUUGUCUCGUUUCAAAGAGCCUAUUACCACGGGGCUGG